AACGCAUCAAGAUGAAGCGUAGAAAAAGCAGAAACAAAGCCACCAAAGCUGAGCCCAAACGUUCCAGAACUGGAGUCAUGUCAUGGGAUUGUUAUAUAAGGGUUCCAAACUCCUGAACAUAAUUCUGGAUUCCCUGGAAGAUCAAGAGGGUGGAGCUAUGUACAUAUCGUGCGAUGUCUCAAACGGCGGUCCUGUGGAACCAGAGACGGGCUAUGUGCCCAACAAUCCCCUGUUCGGCCUGGCGCUGGACAGCCCGCAGCAAGAGUGCGCCGCUUCCUGCGUCGGCUGUUUAUCCUGCCAGGGCAGCACCGCCCUGCCCAUCUCCUCGCUCACCAGCAGCGACUUUGACUGCGGCGGCUGCUUUGAUCCCACGAUUGGAGUGGGCGUGGGCGUGGGCAUCGGUGGCGGCCACAUCCAGAUCAGCACCACACCGCCGGCGAGCAGCGGCAACGGGAGCAGCAACAACGGUGCUGGAGGAGGCGGAGGUUCCUCCGGAAAUCACGGCUACUGGAGCACAGACGAGAUGGCCUCCACGUUUCCCGGCCUUCCGCCGCUGGACAUUGAUCCGCUGCCCAGCCUGUUCCCCUUCUCGCCCUGCGGCGCCUCCUACAACUUUGCCGCCGGCAAUCCGCACCAGGCCUCGCUCUCCUACACGGUGCAUCCCCACCAGAUGCUCAUCUCGCCGAAUUCCCACAGCCACAACCAUUCGCAUAACCAUGGCCAGAUGCACUCGCAGCAGCACCAGCAGCAAUCCCAAUCCCAGGCAUCGCACGUCGGCAACUCGCUGCUCCAAGGUAGUAAUGGUAAUGGUAACCAAAUUGGCAGUAAUGGUGGCUCCACCGGGAACUCCGCUGCCUGCUACUACGAGACCAGUGCCGGCACAGUUCCACCUCCUCCGCCGCCGGCGGCUGCCAUGUAUCCCAGCAUGAGUGUGAAUGUCAGCAUGAACAUGACCAUGCACCAUGGUUAUGGAGCAGGCGAUGCCAGUGGAGUGCCGAUGCAGUGUUCCCAGAUGAACUGGACGCCGCCGAGCAACUCCUCCUCGGCGGCGGCGGCAGCGGCGGCGGUCAAUGUGCUCUAUCCACCGCUCCUGAGUCCCGGUCACUAUCCCGCCUCGGCCACGUACUCCUUCACGGCGGAUUUCCGGGCACCGGCUCCCACUGGCUUGGGUUCCCUGCCCCCGCUGACGGUGGGCGGGGAGAAGGAGUCCCCUUCGCCGCCGGCCAACUCCGCCUUGGGUGGUGGCUACUAUCCCACGGGGGUGAGCACCCAGGGAUAUACGCCGCCACACAAGAGUCCCAGCAGCUACCAGGCGGCAGCCCUCGGCUUGAGUCUCUCGGGGUUCGAGGAUGAGGAGGACAGCAACGAGGAUCUGGACGGAGAUGAGGGCAGCAGUGGCGGCGAGAUGAAGCCCAAUCUGUGCCGGCUGUGCGGCAAGACAUACGCCAGGCCCAGCACGCUGAAGACCCAUCUGAGGACCCACUCAGGGGAACGACCCUACCGAUGCCCCGACUGCAACAAGAGCUUCUCGCAGGCCGCCAACCUGACGGCCCACGUACGCACACACACCGGCCAGAAGCCGUUCCGCUGCCCCAUCUGCGACCGGCGGUUCUCGCAGAGCUCCAGCGUCACCACGCACAUGCGCACCCACUCCGGCGAGCGGCCGUACCGCUGCUCCUCCUGCAAGAAGUCCUUCUCGGACAGCAGCACCCUCACCAAGCACCUGCGAAUCCACAGCGGCGAGAAGCCCUACCAGUGCAAGCUGUGCCUGCUCAGGUUCUCGCAGUCGGGAAAUCUGAAUCGGCACAUGCGCGUCCACGGCAACAACAACGGCAACAAUGGCAGCAAUGGUGGAACCGGAGUUGGGGGCGAGUCCUCCGGCGGAAGCGGCAGUGGGGGUGGCAACAGCCUCCUCACAUGACAAAAGCCACGCAGUGCAGGCGGUUUCCAGCACUACCACCCCCCGCACACGCACCACAUGCACCACCAUCACCACCACGCCCACAUGGGCAACUACGACUACGGGAACUACAGCAUCGGCGAUUACACUCCACCCGGAGCCACACAAAACUAUUCAGGGUAUUAUUUCUGCGCACUCAACAAGCCGCCCAAGUUCGA